CACAAAGAAACCAAGUACCAAAAAGGAAUAAAAAACAAGCGAUUUCCCAAUCCCCUGUUUUGGCCGCAAGAAAAACAGAGUAUACAGAGAGAGAACAAGGGGAUUAAAAAAAUGAGAAGUUUGUCAGUAGCAGCAGCGAUUUUCGCUGUGGUAUUAUCCACCAAAUUGAUCAAUUCAAUCCUCGCCGUUCCCUCACCGACGGAGGCGGAGCCACAGCGUCGGAACCCAAGUGCUGAUUUCAUCAGAACUUCCUGCAAAUCGACGAUGUACCCGAUGCGCUGCUACAGAACCUUGUCCCCUUACGCCUCCGAGAUCGGGUCCGACCCGAAGAAGCUGGCGAUGAAGGCGCUGAACGUGACCCUGAAAGUGACGAAAUCGGCGUCCAAGCUGAUGAAGAGGAUGUCCAGGAUCCCCGGCGUGCCGGCGGCGCUGGCGGACUGCGUGGAGGAGGUGGAGGACGCGGUGGACGAGCUGGGGAAGUCGAUCGGCGAGAUGGACCGGGGCCCGGCCCAGGGACCCGAGUUCUGCCGGAUGAUUGGGGACGUGCAGACGUGGGUGAGCGCGGCGGAGACCGACGACGACACCUGUACGGACGGGUUCGAGGAGGUGCCGACGGUUUCGCCGGGGGUGAAAAGGAAUGUGAAGAAGAUAGUGGAGAAGCACGUGGGGAGAAUUGCUCGGUUCACUAGCAAUGCUUUGGCUCUGGUUAACCUCUAUGCUUCUUCUUCUUCCAGGUCUCGUCAUGUUAAGUGUUAGAGAUUAGUUGAUUUGAUCUCCUUCUAUGAUUACGGAUAGAUAUGGUGCUUUUUGUGGGGAAAAUUACUGCUUGGACUUUAGUGAAAAAGGUAAAAGUUGGGGUUUUGGCCUUUCUUGAUGAAUCAAACCCUCCAUCGAAUUAGUAAGUUAGAAAUAGAAUCACAGAAAUGUAUUUUGCCAAUCAAGCUCUGUUUUUGGGUUUUCUCUGCUAUUGUGGGAGUUCUUGUCUUUUUGCUUUCAAUCUUGUGGGUGGAAGUGGAGUAGGUGUUUGAUUUUAUGUUCGUGUGUGGCUAUGUCGGUAUAAUUCUAUAUCAUGCGAUGUAGGUGUUGUAUGAAUUGUAAUUAGAGAAAGAGGAUAUGCCAAGAUUUUGAUUGAAAUGUUUGGAAUUCGAAUUUCAUAAUUUAUCAUAUUAAGAGUUGGUUUAACAAAAAAAUAUAGUUGAUAUAUGCAAAUUUUAGAUUCUGGUGUUGACUUUCAUUUGGAAGAAUCCAAACGCUGUGGUACAAAGUGAUGAUAAGAUUCAUUUUACAACUUCUCCCAACAACUCGAGUUAUUAUAAUUACAUAUUCUUGACAUGAUAACAGAGCAUCUAAUAACCAAUAAGGUUUAUGCUUGAAU